CAGCUACUCCCCUCUGCAGUAGGAUGGCGGAAGUGGAGGAGCAGCCGGUGCCUGCGUCGCCUCAGAGCGAGGAAAGAAGCGAAGCCGGGGAAGAAGCCCCUGACGGCGGGGCUGCGGCGGGGGGUGCUGAUGCGGCCCCUCCUCCGGCCGGCUCACCGGGCACCGAGGAGGCCACUGGAGACACGAAAAAGAAAAUUGACGUCCUGCUCAAGGCCGUGGGCGACACCCCUAUCAUGAAGACCAAGAAGUGGGCCGUGGAACGAACCCGCACCAUCCAGAGCCUCGUCGACUUCAUCAAGAAGUUCCUCAAGCUAAUGGCCUCUGAGCAGCUGUUCAUAUAUGUAAACCAGUCUUUUGCUCCAUCUCCAGACCAAGAAGUUGGGACCCUCUAUGAGUGUUUUGGAAGUGAUGGCAAGCUUGUACUGCAUUACUGCAAGACUCAGGCAUGGGGAUGAAUGACAAGCAGUAGAAUUGUUUAGAUGUUGUCUUCAAAAAUGGAAAAGGGAGAAACUUUCUUAAAUUUGGCCUGUAAAUACACAGAAAGAAAGAUUUUUUUUUCAUUUCUGCUUAAAUGUAUAAAAAUUAUCCAGAUGAGUAGUGUAAAAGAAGACCUACCUAGGCUAUCUGAUCAUGGAACUUUUUUUUGAUGUACAUCUGAGGUACAGAAGAAAAUUGUAUUUGCCAUCUGUAAGAUGGAGCCAGCUUCCUUGCUGCCAAAUUCUCAGUUGCUGUAUCUGAAGGGAAGCUAUUUCAUAGUUGUCUGAAGGGCUGACUAGACAGCUCUGUCACUCUAUAUGCUGUACUGAAUAUAAAAGUUCCUUUUUAUUAAAAGGGAUGUUUAUUGUA